AUGUUUCCACUCUAUUUUCAUUACGAAGAUGUAUCACGUCAGGAUCUCUUGCUCAAACCGAAUCACGCCAACGUUAUGGAAGUUCCUGGAUCGUGUGAAAUAAGAAUAGUACCAAAGGCAUCCUCGCCCUAUGAUUUCAUAAUCAAAAAUGGAAAAUUGGCUAUGGAGAUUCCGCGCGGUCAGAAAUUCAUACAGACAGAAAGGGGUUCGACAGGAAAGUCGUUUCGAUCCAAUCCAUUCUUGGAGUCAAAUAAAGACAAAGGAUAUGUCAGUGACCUAGCACGACAAAGCACUAUCCGAGGGCAUGGAAUGUCUAAUUUUUCGGUCAGAAUCUCGACAGUAAUGUCUCUGUUAGAUUCUCGGGUCGAAAUACGGGAAAACUCCAUUCAAUUCUCGAUGGAAACGGAGUUUUGCGAAUUUUCCCCGGAACUGGAAGAUCAUUUCGAGAUCUUCGAACAUAUUAGAAGGUUCAAUGUGACUAUUGUCACUUCAGCCAACACACAAGAUGAGACUUUACCACCGUGGAGCGGCUUUUUGCAAAAAGAUGAGGGGGAAACUCAGUAA